AAAUGAGAAGUAAUGCAAAAAAUUUGCCAAGUCUGUUUCUGCUGUGAAGAAUGUCUGCUCACUUCCAUCUGAAGCACAAAAGAACUAAUAAAUUCCAUAAAGGGUCUUGGAGAGAUUAACAGAGCAUGCAGGACCUGGAGGGGGGCCUCAGAGAAAAAAGUGACAGCUGGAAUAAUUAGCCCUGAUUGUAAAGUCUCACCUCCCCCCACUUUUCAACACCCCCUUGGCUGUCUGGUCAUGUCAUUCAAUACAUUCUCACACAGGCACACUCAUGCAUACACAGAGAGUUAGACUAACCUUUUAAAUCCUGCAUAACGAAUUUUAAGCACAAGCACGAAUUUCACAACUUCAGCAGCAGUACUUGGGGAUAUGUCACAAGCAACCAGGCAGACACUGUUACAGAGAAAGCAUCCAAACCUUUCCCUUCCUGAAGGCAACUUGACUCCUGCCAACAACUUCACAAAGAUAAGCAUGAAGACAAUGCUAUCACUGGCAUUUGUGCUCACAGCAUUUCUGACCUUAGGGGUAGUGCUCACAGCACCGGUCACUGAUACUGGAAAGGAGAAGAAGACAGCCAAGGAAAGCACUCUGAAGAAUGAAGGCUUUGACCUUGACAGUUUUGACCUUGAUUUGGACAACUAUGGGGAAACUCUUGAUAUAACUAAUUAUGCAGAUCUGUAUGACUAUGGAGAGGAGGAAACUAAGAUUGAGGUUGGAACCCUGCCUCCACCUUCCAACAUACCAAAAGCCAUUCAGAAUGAGAGACUAAAUCCAUCAACAGAACCAGGAGAAGAGAAGGAUGAGAAAAAUGUGGAGGCGGAUGAAGACGAAAAAGAAACCUUAGCAGAACCAAGCAAGCCAUCAUCAGUGGUCACACCUGCAUCUUCUGGACCCAAAUCUGCUGACCCACAACUUUUUGGACAACAGACUGAAGGGGGUUUGCCUACCUGCCUAACGUGUGUUUGUCUUGGCACGUCAGUGUACUGCGAUGAUACUGAUUUGACUACCAUUCCUCCAUUGCCAAAGGAUACAACCUAUUUGUACGCUCGCUUCAAUAAGAUAGAGAAGAUCAGAGCAACAGACUUCGCAGGCCUCAAUAAGUUAAAGAAGGUUGACCUUACCAGCUGCUCCCUUUCAUGGAUUGAUGAGGAUGCAUUCAGGACCCUGCCUGCUCUGGAAGAGCUCAUUGUGGCAGAAAACUUGCUAACUGCCCUGCCUGAGUUACCUACCAGUAUGGUCCGUAUUGAUGCUCGACUCAACAAGCUCAGAAGUAUAGGGAUAAAACAGGAAGCUUUCAAAGAUCUCACAAAACUACAGUUCCUGUACCUCUCAGACAACAGGCUGGACUACAUUCCUCUUCCACUUCCCGAAAGCCUUCGCUCUCUGCAUCUUCAGAACAACAACAUACAAAGUCUUCAUAAUGAAGCUUUCUGCGACAAAAAUGAUCCUACAUACAUCCGCAAAUCUCUGGAAGAUAUUCGCCUCGAUGGGAAUCCCAUUAAUCUCAGUCUCUACCCCAAUGCUUAUUCAUGUCUUCCGAGGAUCCCUACAGGCAACAUUGUCUAGUCUAGGAUGAGGUCAUUGAAACUGUCUUGUGGAGAGGCUGUUUUUGCUUCUGUCUUUUUUCUUGAAAAUUUCCAGACUCUCCAAAAUGUUCUUAUUUAAUUUCUUUUGAUAUGAGAAAUGAAAAUUAGUCUUUAAUUAUACAUUGAAAUAAGCACAUGAAUUAAUGGAAAAUAAAUUAAGGUAGACAUUUAUUUGAGAGUGUUACAUGUUAGAAUUGCAGUAACUUCAUAUGGUCAUAGGCUGUGUCAACAUCUGAAAUCAACAUGCAUAGUGAUGUUGCUCAGCAAAUACAAAUAUGACAUAUUUCAAUGGUACUUGUCAUAGGUCACAAUUAAUGUAACAACCUGUUAAACAAGACAAAUAAGUGAAAUUAUAAUUUCAAAAAGACUCACCACAUUGUGUUGUAUCUGCUCUUUUCACUUUUGAGUCUAGCUGCAUUUUCAUUCUAAUUUACUAGUGAAAUCUUCAUCUUUGCCAGAACUGUUUCAUAUUUGUAUUUUCAUAUUACGGACAUGGCUAUGAAUAAAGUUAAGGUUUGAUAAUA